AAAAGAAAAAAAUCGAUUUUAUACAACUCUGAUACUGAUAUUACCCAUCGUGUCGAUUAAAUUGACAUUUGGAUCGAUCCGCCCACCCCCUAUCCGCCAUUUUCUUCAGUUGCCAGAGACGGCGGGACUCCUCCGAACCACGACCAUGACCAAGCCCAAACCAAAGCAGAACUGCAGUGUUGUUGGCUGCACAGACCGGCACAGAUCCUUACACCGAGUCCCAAACACAAAGGAUAUCAGAGCAAAGUGGAUUCACUUUAUUUACGACGGAAACGUCCCAGCAUCUUUUGGCAAAAGUCUUUUCGUCUGUGCCAACCACUUCACGCCUGACUGCUUUAGCAACCUGGGCCAAUACAACGCCGGACUGGCAUUGAGACUGAAUGUGAAAGAUGGAUCCGUACCAACUGUUCGAGCUACAGAAGAGGGAAGCCAUUUCUGUGACACAACGAUCACGCACGCAGUCGGCAUCCAACUCUCCAUGGAAAGUGUCCAAGUUCACCAAGGAAGCACAGACAUCCGUGAAGAUUUUCCCCCUGAGCCGGAGGAGCCACAGCCCCCACACGUUAAAGUAGAAGAGGAGGAGCCACAGCCCCCUCACGUUAAAGAGGAAGAGGAGGAUCACAGCAUCAGUCAGGGGGGAGACUAUCUUGAAGGAACGGAGGAGUUCCCAGUGAUCCGUGUCAUUGUGAAGGGUGAAGAUGAUGAAGAAGGAGUUGACGGAGACCACUGUGGAGGAUCACAAGCAGAGAACCUCUUAGCUCCACUGUCAGACGGCGACGACACAGCGUCACACUCUCCUGACACCGAUGACGAAGACUCCCAAGUUGAUAGGACAUGUCACACUGGCAACACACGCUUUAAAUGCUCGCAAUGUGACAAAACGUUUGUUAACAAGGGAAAUCUGAAAAGACACAUGACAAAUCACACAGGAGAAAAACAGUUCAUGUGCACAGUUUGUGGUAAAAGAUUCUCUCAGAAAGUACACUUGAUGACGCACACAAGAACACACAAUGUGGAGAAACCUUUCACCUGCUCGGUUUGCGGUAAAGGAUUCUUUCAGAAGUCACACUUGAAAGGCCAUGCAAGUACACACACAGGAGAGAAACCAUUUUCCUGCUCAGUCUGCAAUACAAGUUUUAAUUAUCAUUCCGUGUUGGUUCAACACAUGAGAAGGCACACUGGAGAGAAACCUUUUAUGUGCUCCGUCUGUGGUAGUAGAUUCUCUCAGAAAUCAGUUUUGAUCAAACACACAAGAACACACACCGGAGAGAAACCCUUCAGCUGCUCUAUUUGUGGUAAAGUGUUCUCCGUGAAAGACACGUUGAUAACACACCUGAGGAGGCACACCGGAGAGAAACCUUUUGCCUGCUCAGUCUGCGGUAAAAGAUUCUCUGUGCAGCAAGAUUUAAAAAGCCACACAAGAACACACAGCGGAGAAAAACCUUUUCCCUGUUCGGUGUGCGGGAAAAGGUUCUCUGUCAAGGAACAUUUAAAAAGCCACACAAGAAUACACAGUGGAGAAAAACCUUUUCCCUGCUCAGUGUGUGGGAAAAGGUUCUCUGUCAAGGGACAUUUAAAAAGACACACAAAAACGCACACGGGAGAAAACAUUUUACCUGCUCAGUCUGUGGCAGAAGGUUUCCUCGAAAUACAGAUUGAUUAGCGUGCAAAAGAAGACACACUGGUGAGAACGUGUUGAGUUGCAGUCUGUGUGCUGAAAGAUUCUUUUGUAAGUACCAGCUUAACAAUCACAUGGGUGCUGGUGAGAGCUGCAACAGUAAAUGAAGCUGCAGGACUUGAAAUAAACUGUCAAGACUUAAAGUUUGGCUGUCUAACAACAUCUGCACAUAUAAAAUGUGUGGCAUCAUUGCCGUGUGUGGGAAAACACUAUUACAAUAGUGCUCAACAAAUAGGUAGGACAGCUCUACUCUCUACUCCGAAGUAGUUGAUGGGCAUGAAUUGAUGAAGCCUGCUCGGACGAGAGACGUAAAACUGAACAGUCCAAUUGUGAUUGAUUCAAUGCCCUGAGAAUACAAUAACCUGGAUGAAUGAGAAUAUUUACAGCCAUUAUUACAACAGUGUUCCAUCACUAGUGAAAUAUUGUAUAUAUUGUAUUAAACUGUUUUUUGUUUAUGCAGGGUCUCAAUACACUCCUGAUCAAAAUGUUAAGACCAGUUGAAAAAUUGCUAAAUGUUACAUUUUCCAUUGUUGGAGCCUAAGGAGGUGCUAAGUAGAGCUUCAAAAUGCAAAAAAAUGAGACAAAAAAAAUGUUUUGAGUUUAUUGCAAACAAGCAUGAAAGUGAAAGCAAUUCAUCAUCUGGUCAAAAGUUUUAAGACUGCAGCCUUUUAAAAGGCAAAAAUGUGGCAUGAAUGCAAUUUAGUGCCAGGUAUUCACACUGCCAUGACGUCUUGAUGGCAAAGGCAAAAAAGCUUUCUUUUUUUGAACGUGGUGGGAUUGUUGAGCUGCAUGAGCAAGGCCUCUCGCAGCGCGCCACCAUUCUCGGCCCAAAUGAAGGUCGUUACUGGUGCCGAGGGCAGUCCAAUAUGUACGCCAUCUGCCAGAGAAGGCUUUUAAGAAGAACAAACGUCUUCAAAGGCCUUGUUUGUCUCCAACGCCACAAAAUUGCUUGUUUGGAAUUUACAGGAGAGCACCAAACAUGAGACAUUGAAACGUGGAAGAAAGUUUUACUCUCCCUUGACGGUUCUGAUGGCUUCCAACGUUACUGCUACGACAAGGUGAUCCCACCUGAGAUGUUUUCCACACGACACAGUGGAGGGGGCGCCAUCAUGAUCCUUCAAUGGAACAAUGGAGUUUUAGAUUGUACAUGGGUGUCAAACGGCAGCUGGCUAUGUGGAGAUUUUGCAGGGGGCAUCCCUCAUGACUGAAGGCCCUCAUCUGUGUAGUAAUGACUGGCUUUUUCAACAGCACAAUGCUGCACUUCACAAAAGUGUUCCCCUGAUGUAAAUCCAAUGGAGAAAAUUUGGGGAUGGAUGGGAAGCGAAGUUUACAAAAAUGGAUAUUAGUUCCAGACAGUGGAUGUCCUCCAUAAAGCCAUCUUCAUCGCUUGGAGCAACAUUCCUACUGGCCUUCUGGAAACACUGGCGUCAAGCAUACCCAAACCCAUUUUUCAGCUGAUUAACAAAAAUGGUGCAGCUACUUAUUACUCAUUCACUGUACUUUUGUGUCUUUUUUGAGCUUGCUUAAUCAUUUUUUUUUGUCUCACUCCAAUUUCUUCUUUUUGCAUUUUGAAGCUCUACUUAGAACCUCCUUAAGAUCCAACAGUGCAAAAUAUACAUUCUUGCAAUUUUUCAACUGGUCUUAAAAUUUUGACCAGGAAUGUAUUUCGUAUUAUUCUAAAUGUUGAGAUUGAUAUGAUUAAAAAGUGAAACAAAAGGACUGUAGGACUACU